UGUGGACAUGCACUGCUGCUGCUCAGGUUUCCAGCCAGACUCUGACAGAAGAGACCACAGAGGCAGGAGAGACCAGCAGCUGCUCCCGGGGAGGGAAAGUGGACCAGAGGUGGGAACAGUUCCUCCACAGAGGGGCAGAAUAAGUCUGGGGGUGAGGAGGUGAGGUCUGAGAGAAGUCUUCAGGAGAGUUCCUCCACACAAGUUUUGUUUUUUUGGUUUCCGCUGGGAGUCAGGACCCCAGGAUCCAUGGAGCCCUCCGUGUCGACCCAUGAGGGGGAGCACAAGGAGAGGAAGAAGAUCCAGUUUGCUGUUCCAGCCUCCGCUCCCACCCAGCUGGACCCCCGGCAAGUGGAGAUGAUCMGACGCAGGAGGCCCACACCCGCCACGCUCUUCAGAGUCGCCGACCAGCCGUCUCCCGAGGACGAUCAGUCCAGUCAUCAGGUGAAGUGGGUYGUGGGAGAAAACGGCAUGCUCAAACCAAAACGUGUGAAUCCAAGCGUGUAUCAGCCUCCGUCACUAAAAGCUGUGCAGAAGAUGGCUGAAGCACAAAUGCAGAAACUAGGUAUCUAUCCUUUAGAAGACCCUUGUGAAGGGGAGGAAGAUGAGGACGACUGGCAGGAGGAAGAGGGAGAGGAAGGAUCUCCCGUCGAAGCUGCCGAUCGUUCAGAGACGCCGGCCACCGGCCACUUUUCCACGGCGAAGGAGGAAGACGAGAAAGAGGAGGACAAAAUCGAGGAGAACAGUUUGGGGAGUAACUGAGAGGGCGAAGGGGGCG